UGAGACCUGGUUAUUCCCGCCGGUUUCAAGAUCUCAAAUUCGCUCCUCAGCACGGCCACAACGUGGCACAGCUCCUUUCCCUUGCAGACCCACUAUCAACCUCAUCAACAAAUUAUCUGGGCUUCUCACCUACCACCUAAUUCAGCUAAACAAUUUACAUACUGUAGCGACCUUAUACCAAAGCCUUUUGGUGUUCUUUCUUGCUGGCUUUGGCUGUGAUACUCUCAAGCCGUGGUUGGUUUCUCAAGUCUUCCGGCCUUCCGAUAGUAUAUCGCUUUGAGGUUUUCCAUUUUGCACAACCAACUCACAGCGUUCUCAAUAUGGCCGACCCAUUUGAAGUGCGAAUGCGCUUCACCUCACAGCUUCAACAUCUCAACGCGUCAGUUACAUCUGCUCAGAAAGCCGCACAAUAUGCGCUUAGAUUCAGAGAUAUGGAUGAGGACUUGCAUUCGUGCAUCCUGGAACAGCUUGAACGAAACAAUAUGAACAUACGUGCCAAUAUCAUGUACUUUAUCGAGCACUUCCUAGAUAUGGCGCAACGUGACGGACACCCCGACUACAUUCGAAUGAUGCAACGGGACAUUAUCCGUGUCGUUGAUGCUGUUGCCCCGGAUGAUGGGUCAGGUGCUGCCAACGUCAAAGUGGUCCGAAAGGUCUUGCAGGGUCUUCAAGGAAAAGGGUACCUGGAGCCGCAAGCAGUCAGUCAGAUCGAAGAUGUCAUCAAAGAACGUGAGACAAAUGUCGAAGACCUAGGCCUAGCUUCACCAAAUGGAGAUGUCGAGAUGACAGACAUGCCCCCUUCACAAACCAUACCUAAGCCAGGUCGACGGAGCACGUCACACCAGCUUGACAAACGUCAAAUUGAGCAACGAAUCGAGGAGGACCGCGAGCGCCACAAGCGUGAGCGCGAAAGCAUUUGGGCAGUCCCCAAAGCCGAGAACGCUGAGAUGGACAGACUGUGGGAGGAAACGAGCGACUUUGGAGAAGACGACGACCGUCUGCUCACCGAAGAGCUGGAUGACUUUCAAAAAGAGAUGGAGAUUCAGUCUAAUUGCCAGCAUCAUCAUGGAGCAGCGAACGGCAACCGUCACUAAAUGGAACCGAAUCAUCUUGCAUUGUUAUGGAUAUUUGUCGGCGUUCGGUUCUGGGCUCGAAUUGGGAUUGAGAGAAAAGUAUUGAUACCCGUCGUUUUCGGCAUGGCUGGCUAGCGUAGCGAGGUUUCAGAUCGACCUGCCAUGAGAAUUGAGGUCGUAUGUAGGUGAACAAUACAUUUGUUCAAUAUGAUAUCAUAAUUAAAAAGAACCCAUCGCUAAAUGAGCCUUUCUAAGGGUACAUAUUGUUAGAUACUAGUACAGAUGUUUUUACACAUGCAAUCCAGC